GUUUGCCAACUAUAGCAGCCAGAGGCUGAUGAACAUGUCCCUCCAGCAGUAUCAGCAACAGAGGCAGUGCAACAAUGUGAAUUUUAAUGCGCAAAUGAGUCCUCAGCAAGGAUAUGGCCAAGAGGCAAUCCCAAAUACUAUAUCUGGAAGCACUAGCAUGAGACCUACCCGCAACAACAUGGCAGAUUCAGAAUUGCAAAAUUACAGAGCGAGAACACAGACUGAUGGGUUUUCUCAUAUGAACCAAGUGGAUCAGCAGAACUACAAUGUUCCCUCCCAGCAGGUACAGUAUCCAAAUGGAGGGAGAGGAAUGUUACAACCCAGACCCCCCACAGAGCCCAAGUCUGUUGCCAGACAACACACGGGGUCGAACAUGACUGAACAGAGCCACAUCUCCAAGUCUUCUGAUUUGAGCCCCAGUCAUGGUAAUGACACCUCUGAGGCAAGUCCAAAGAGACCAAGUGGGUCAGUGGCCCACAACAGCAACUCAGAAAAUCAGAACUCUGCUGUGUUUUACGCAGGUCAGAUUCAUAUGUUUGAGCCAACCUCUGUUAGCUAUGAUGCCCCCAUGUCCCCAUGUGUCAGCCAGGCUCCUGCCAGCAACAACAAUGUUGCAGCCAACAUGGCUUCACCAGGAGUCAACCAGGUCUCCAGUAGUACAGUGGAUUCGUCCACUGCUGGAUCUGCGGGCACAGAGCAUGCCCAGAUUGACUUUGACACCAUGCUUGAUGAUGGGGACCACUCCAGCCUAAUGUCAGGCACCCUGAGUCCUGGCCUUCUGCAGAGCCUCUCUCAGAGUUCCUCACGUCUCACCACCCCCCGCAACUCUGUCACCCUUGCGUCUGUACCAGCAGGGAUUGGCAACAUGGCCAUUGGUGAUAUGAACUCAAUGCUCACAGCCUUAGCUGAAGAAAGCAAGUUUCUCAAUAUGAUAAGCUGAGAGCAAUUAAACUUGUCAACCCUUCUUACCAUGUCUGUCAGGAACAUGUGGACAAGACAAGAACGCACUGAUUGUACAAUGCAAACAUGGCUAUUUCAUACACUUGGUCUUCAUUGUCCAUUGUAAUAUGCUUAUCUUGUAAUAUUUGCUUCAGAUUAUAAUAUGUUACUUUAAAAAAGUUAAUAGUAAAUAUAGCUAGGGUUAAGGACCAUUUUCUAUCAUCAUUUGUUAAAAAAAGCCAUACUUUUUAGCUUCAAAUCUAUGAUAGCCCAGGGUAAUAUAAAUGUAUCAAACACAAUUGCCAUUCAGUAUUUGCUGGUGUAAUAGGCCUUUACAAAGUGGUGCACUGACAACAGUUCACAUAGUGCCUUGCUAAGGACAUCAAGGUUGAGUAUCUGAGUACAUCAUGAAAUACACUUACCAGGAAAUGGACAUGACAUGUAGAUAUCGGAUAACAUUUUCUCAUGACAAACAUUAUGUGUGUAGAUUUUACUGUGUGGUACUUGCUUUAAGUUAUACUAUAGACUUUUGGUGUUGAAACUAGGGCUGUCAAAGUUACACUGACAUAUGGACACUUCCUAUUAGUUCCAAAAGGCAAUGUGCUAACCUGGAACACACCUUGGAACACAAUUGUAUGCUAUGAAAAUUAAUAAGAAAUGUGCGCUCUUUUGGAACAAGGUCUGAAACAUCAUCACUUAGUCCAGAUGGAAAAAGUGUACAUUUUCUUCCAAACAAAUUCUCAAAGAACUGCAGUUUAAGUUCAUCACUGAAUGGUCAAAGACACUCCAAGCACUGAUAUUAUUGAACAUAGUUCAAGCCAAACAACAAACUGUCAUGUAGAAACUCAUGCAUGACCAUCUAAAAGAAAAACUGUAAGCAUAACUGCAGCCGCAGUUUAUAUAUGCCCUUAAUUCAGUGCUAUUGUAGCGACCUGUCUUGUGCAAAACUUGUUUUGCAUUGCUGAGUUUUAACUACCCCUAGAGUUUGGAAUAAACAAUUUUUAUGUUAAACAUAGUGAAUGUGUAUGUUUUUACUAUUAAGUUCAAUAUGGAGUUAAUCCAUUUGACAAGAAAUUUUUAACUAAUUGCAAUUCACAAAAUUCAGUAUGUGACAGCCCUAAUUUAAACACAUGGUUGUACAACAUUAUGAUCCACAGAUAUUAAGUGCUUUUUGAUCAUGGCCAGAGCUCUUGGGGAUGGCACUGUAAAGUCUGAUUUCCUUUUUUGCCGACUGGAUCAGAGACAUUAGCUCUCUAUGGUCCCAUCUCACAAGGGUAAAUGAUUGAAAAGGACAAGGAUAUGCCUCUGUGUUAGUCCAUCAGGGCGCAUGAAUCCAUGUGUAUCUGAUGAGCAGCAUUCUCUAAAAGAAUAUACAAGUACCUCUGUGCGUUCUCGGUAGAGAUCCAGUCCUAAUUAACACAUUCAUACCCCCUCACUGAAUCCCACUACUCCCCAGGGUUCCAGUUGAACUGCGGAGUCCGGGAAGGGACUCAGACUUUGAUAAUAAAAAAUCCUGUUAUGGACAGGAUCAGCAAAAUAGGUCUGCAGAUUCCUCAGUUUU